GUCGGAUACGAAAAGUUGUCCAAGCGAGCUUGGCUGCAGAGUGAUUCACAAUCGACUUAACCGGGCGUACUUUCGUUCAGUUCAGUUCAGUAGUUUGGUUCUGUAUUCAAUUCAGUGUUGUAGAUAUUCGCUUGGUACGAAAUAAUCAAAAGAGGUUAGAACCGGAGUUUUCAGCGGCGUCUGAAAAACGAACCGUUACAUUUCUUGCUGAAGAAGUCUGCUUGAAUGAAUAUAAGCAACCCUAUCCCCAAUCAUUCUUAAUUUCGGCUAAUUACAACAUAAUUGCUUCUUCACUCUAACGAACAAAAGGAAACCACAAAACUGCUACUGAAUUUCGAUAUUUACCGUUGUCAGUCAGAAUUGAUUCAUGUCCAACAAGGUCAAGUCGCUAGACACCGCCAAUCCACCACCAAAUGAUCAGUUAUCCGCUGAUGAAAAAAUUCUGAAGGAAUGCCAUAAUCUCUAUAUUGAGCCUAAAACAGGUCUUAUUGAAAUUGCAAAUCAUUUCGGACUUAAAUUAUUGGAACCCAGAAAAAAGAUCAUAGCCCUACUGAUUGGCAAUCAUUCAGCUGGAAAGUCAUCAUUCAUCAAUUGGUAUAUUGAGGAACAUGUACAAAAGACUGGAGUCGCAAUUGAGACCCAAGGUAUUUGCCUUGUGACAUCAGGCAAAAAACGAGAGUCACUGACAGGAAAUGCAACGAUACAUCUUUAUCCACAUUUCAAACCACUUCAACAAUUACCAGGAGUUCUGGAUUUCUUGACAACUGAAAUUUCAGUUUCGAAUCAAAAAAAGUUCAGUCUGAUCACAUUUGUGGAUACCCCAGGUUUGGUAGACGGGGGUAUGCAGUAUCUUUUCGAUGUAAAUGAGACAAUUUCAUGGCUUGGGAACAUGGCAGACUUGAUAUUUGUCUUCUUUGAUCCCAUCGGCCAAGCCCUUUGCAAGAGAACACUGGAUAUAGUCGAAAAAUUAAAUACCACAAAUGCUGAAAAAUUAAGAUUUUAUCUGACAAAGGCGGACGAUGCUGGAAACGAAUCUGAUAGACAAAGAGUGAUGAUGCAGAUCGUUCAAGAACUAUGCAAAAGACCAGGGCUCAAUCAUACGGGAUUUGACAUGGGGACUAUUUUUAUCCCGGAAUUAAACAGGCCCACCAAGUGUGCCAAUCAAAUCGAACAAGUCUGUCAGGAUAUUGAGAGGACUAUCAAUAAAACUAUUCAAAAUACACUCAACACCCUAGAAAAAGAUUGUACAAACAUCGAUCAGCUGAUUCAAAACCAACUUGAUAAGGAUGAAAUUAAUCAAGCAUAUAAUUUCGCCAAGCUUCGGAAAGCAGGCAUUGCGAUCAUAUUACCUAUCUUGAUGUGUAUGAACCUUUAUAUGUCUGUUAUGGGAGAUGAAUUUAUGUCCUCUAGCUAUGGAGAGACUUUCGCAGAACUCCUUUACAUAUUCUUGAGUCCUGUAAGAAUAUUGUGGUCCAUUGUACCUGUUAAUCGACGAUGGAUUUUAUUUUUUGUGAUAAUUGGCGCAUCUGCAACGGUUUUACUGAGAAUGAAGAGCUGUGGUGAGGGGUUGCGAUCAACUUUAACAAAAAAACAGAAACGGUCGUAUAAAGAAAUGUUACAUCACGUCCGUAAUGUUGUUGUACCAAAGAAAACGAAGUUAUAUUUAGAAUAUUUGAAGCAAAGCGCCGGUGAUUAUGAUCUGUAGAGUUGACUUUUCGUGAGUUAUCCCACCGUAUUCAGGGUAUAUUUCAUGAAACAAUAAGUAUAACUUUAUCAUUUUGUAUUUUUGGAAAUUGAUCUGUUAUGUCGCAUCAUGGCUUAGGUAACAGUACGGUUAGAUAAUACAUAAGCCUGUGCUACUGCAGACUCAAUUCCAAAUAAUAUUCUGUAGCAUACACAUAACAAACGCCUUAAACGAUUGCGAUUGAAUCGAUGAUUCAGUUUACUACUGACGUUUUUUUUUUUUAUGAUACAAAUUGGCUCAAAGAAUAACAUUUGUUAAUUCGAAUCCUAAGUUGCCUUGAUUUACACAUUAAAAAUGACAGCUAUAGGGACUCUGACUAUGAAUAGUAGUUGAUUAAAUAUUUUUAAAUAAGUAUAAUAAAAAAUAAUGUAAUUUUCUAAUUUUAUCAAUAAUGAUAUCAGUAGACUCGAAUAAAAAAAAAAAUGAAAACCA